UAGACUAGUAUCAGUCUAAGAACCAGAUGAGACCCAGACAAAACCAAGAACCAGGAUGUGGACUAUACCAGGAUUAAACCUAACUGUGUAUCAGGACUGAGGAGCAGGAUUAAGGCAGACCCAGUACCAGGCCAGGACCAGGAUUAGACCAGGUUUAGACCCAGGAUCAGACCAGGACUACAUUUGGCCUUUCAUUUCUGGAGGUGGAUUGUUUCUGUCUCAGGUUCUGAUUCACAACCAAACCAGGACCAAGACCAAGACCUGGACCACAUAUAAAGCCCAGAUGAUCUGAAGUGUUCUAGAGUGUUCUUCUCUGACCUGUGCAAGAUGGCGUCUCCUCACAGCGGCUGCUCCUCGCCCUCCAGUUUCAGAUUACAGUCAGACUCGGUACAGCGCUGGUUGGACGAUCUGCGUCACAUGACCGAGGUGGAGUGUAUGUGUGUGCUUCAGGCCAAACCUCUGGGUGUUGAUGAAGAGGAGCUCCUGGUGAGCUCCGGGGGGGCAUGGCCUGCGCGCUCUAACCUGCAGACCCUGUUGAGGCGCGCCCUGGUGGUCAGUACAGAGCUGGGCAGAAUGUUCAGCCGCGUUGAGAAAGGACGAUGGCAACGCACGCACAGCACCUCCAUAAGAGCUAACUGUCACCUACGAUCACUAUUACAACACUAUACUGCAGGGAGGAGCGUACCACAAGAACUACUACAGUACGAAAAGAUCCUCCUGGAGAAGAGCCAAGAGCUGACCUCCAUCACAGAGAGGUGUGUGCAGAGCGAAGACCAGAGCUUCCUAAAAUCCAGUCGAGAGUCCAUCCACCAAAUCCUCACAGAACUCAGCCAGGACUUCAGCACCAUGAUUGACUUGGCCCUGGCCAAUGAGAUCCGGGUGCUGGUGGAGCAGGUGGAGAGCAGUAGUCAGCCUGAGACUGUAGAGGGCGCCAUCUCGUCUCUGCUCAGUCUGACUCAGGACGGCCCCCAGCUGUGCAGCAUCAUCGCUCAGGAGGGAGCAGUGGUGGCGCUGUUUAAACUCUGUAGACAGGACCAGUUUAAAGAGCUUUACGCGCCGGCUCUGCGAACCGUCGCCUCCAUCUGCUGCGUGGAGGAAGGAGUACUGCAACUUGACAAGGUGGACGGGCUCUUGUGUCUGGCUGACCUCCUCACAGAUGAUCACUCCCCUGAAGCGGUGAAGGCGGAGGCGGCGGCGGUGGUGGCUCAGCUGACCUCUCCUCAUCACAGCUCCACAGCACAUCUCCUCAGCUUCAUUGAGAGCAUGAAUGAUAUAGUCACCGCCCUCAUCUCUCUCUGCUCAUCAGCAUCCUGUGGGGAGGUGUUCCUUUUGGCGGCGGCGGCCUUGGCGAACAUCACAUUCUUAGACUCUUUGGCCUGUGAGAUCCUGCUCCAGUCCAACGCCGUCCAAAUCCUCAUCCAAGCAUCCAGAGACCGGACCCGAGUGGACACGCCAUACUCCAAAGAUCAGGUGGUGACGAUCUUGGCAAAUCUCUCUGUUCUGGAGCAGUGUUCUCAGGAAGUGCUGCAGGAGCAAGGUGUAGAGCGUCUUCUGUCAUUUCUGGGCGAGAGACCCUCCUCUUCCAGUCCAUCAGAGGGUGCUGCGUGUGAGAGGGUGCAGCAGAAGGCUGCUGUCACUCUGGCUCGUCUGAGCCGCGACCAUGAUUUCGCCCAGAACGCUAUCAAGCUAAAUGCUGUUCCUCGUCUGAUUGAACUGUGUCGUUCUCCCACUGAACGAAACAACUCCGAUUCAGUCCUGGUCGCCUGUCUGGCUGCUCUGAGGCGUUUGGCGGCAGUCAGUCCAGAGAGUCUGGAGCUUAGUGACCAUCAGCAGCUCAUCGCCCCCAGACUUGUUGACUCUUUUCUGCUUUGCUCUAACAUGGAGGAGAGCUUUGUGUAAGGACUACAACUAUAAGAACUAAAGACUACAAGCAUGGAAGAGAGCUUUGCGUAAGGACUACAAAUAAAGACUACAAACACGGAGGAGAGCUUUGUGUAAGGACUACAACUAUAAAAACUGAAGACUAUAGACACGAAGCUUUUAGACAUGCUAUGUGUAAAACUACAAUUAACAGUUUGUUCCAAGCUACAGGUACCUGGGAUAUUUCACACCUGGGACUUGGAAAAAACAAUUCUAGGAAUGCUGCUUGAAAACCACUUCAAACUGGGAGAUGAUCAGUGGACUCCCACUUCACAUAAGAGUCCAAAUGUGAUGGCACAACUAAGUAAUCACCACAGAAAUCUGUAGAAAAAACAUAUUCCUGAGUUCCUGAGGAUCACAUGAACGCAACAUCAAGACUCUUCACAUCAUACACUUUUUCAGUUUUUCUCUAAACAAAAUAAAACAUAUUUGGAUAUUUGUGACAUCAUCCUCACGUCUCAGGCCCACUGGUUAGUGAUGACAUGGUACGAAACAUGAGAGUGCCCCCUAUAGACCCAACCUGAAGCAUUACAGAGAACAGCAAAAAGGAAUAGCUGUGAGAAAAAGGACUACAAACAUCUAUGUAAAGACUACAGACAUGGAGGACAUGAACAGCAAUCUGACUAGUGUCCUCUGAUUUGUUGCGGGAGUUAAAGCUACAUUGUGUAACUUUUCUGGUAGUGUGUACGGCACUUGCUUGUCUCCAUGGGUAUGUUAUUGCUUUGUCUGAAAUGUCCCACAGCAUGGCAUCAAACAUAUUUAUCUACCGCUUUUAUUGUAUUGCUCAAAAAAAAAAAAAAACAUGCAUUCUUACAGUGAGUGUGCUCGG